GCACACAAGUAUUGCUUUAUUCUCCCAGUGCCACUCUGAGGGAACCUAAACCUCUCUCUCACACACACACACACCCACUCUUCAGUAUCGCGUGAGCUUCAUCACACUUCAUCACACAUCUUCAGGAUGGAACAGUUCAUGUGUUUAAAAACAAGAAACGUCUGCAGCGUUCUGACUCUGGCUUCAGUCAUCUGUGCCAUCUUUUUCCAAGGAGUCGGCUGCCAAGAAAACACCACUACACCGGAUGUGCUAUUAGUGAAAUCAAGAAUGCCAGAACAGAAUGCACCAGUUCGUGGAGAUGAUGUCCAUGAUAGCGAAGAACAAACCCAGGUUGUGGUUUUCCCCACACUACCAGAGGGGUUCUUAAGACAAACCACUAAAAACCCUGAGACUGAGCAGAACUGGACAACCCUGAGCAGCGAAUCCACCACAGUGGCAGAGCCUGAGGGACAGCAGGACACCCAAACCCCUCAGCACAUCACCACCAACCAGCCUAUUGCUGAACCUAGCAUAACACAUACGGGUCCGGUGGUGUGUGUGGACGAGGCUGCAGUGAGAGGAAAAGAGGCUGUGAGUCUGAAGCUGAAGACGUCUUCCAGCUGUGAGGAAAACAGAGUGAAGAUUCAGAGCAUUCUAGAACAUCUUUGUGGAGACGACAGCAAACUGGAGAUCUACCAGCAAGACCACACCGACGUGAUGAUCAUAUCCGGACAAUGCAUCCAAGCUGACGCCAAAGGAAUGACUGACAAGUUCAACAACGACAAUAUCAAAGAUAAGGUCGGGGUAGUGGAGGCCGUGCCUGUCUUGGUGAAGCACUCUCGAACUGUCCUGAUCUCUGUCCUGCUGGCCGGCCUGCUGUUGGCCGCUCUACUAAUUGCUGCAUACGUCCUGAAAACCCAUCGCACACAGACCAAAGGAGUACGCCUGGCUGAAGAAAUGUACCAGGUGGAUGAGCAGAACCAGGGCAACACUCUCCUAUCUGUAGCUCCACUCCCACCUCAGGAACCUCUAGACAAGCCCACCAGUAACGGCGAGUCUCCAGAAUCACCACCACCCACCAACGGCCACUCCGCUCCCCAAACACAAGUGGCUGACAGUCAGAUGUAAAACUACCAGUAGGUCCAUCAGCCUGAAACCUGCUGUUGAAGAAUGUGAGAAAUCAUGGAAAGUUUCCAAUCUCCUCAACUUACGCAACCUAACCAGCCAUAGCGGAUGAUCAUGGUGAAGAUCAAUCAAUAAUGAAGACCAUAAUGAAGAUCAUGAUGUCAAUAUUGAACGUGUAAACUAUACAGUGGACGUGAUGCAGAAAACAGUGUUAAUGAAGACUCAACUUGUACUGUGAAGAUGCCUGACACAGGUUAAACCAGCCGAUGUCGAAGCCGAAGAAGAAAGGCUCAGCUUGACAUGCUGCCAACGUUAGCAGAGCUGAAACACACAAAUCUACUGGACAAAUUUCAUUCAUAUUUUCUUAAACUUUCUACUUUUACCACUCUUAAAAUAGAUGUAGAUUUGUUGCAACAUUUAUUCGUAGCUUGAAGAGCAUUCCUGAAUUAAAUACCAAUGCUUUAAUACUUUCUCACUUCCUGAAGGAGGAGAUGCUGCAGAUCAAUAGAUACAGGAUGGUCAGCCAAGCUGUGACAUGUAUUAAUAAAAAGAGAGAUUCCUUAGGGGUUAUAAAAUCUCAUAAUGCAGGUGAAGGUAAUCACAUUGUAAUACGAACAUUCUUUAGAAGUACAUAUUUUAAAAGGUAUGUCACAAUGUAAUUAUUUUGAAUGUAUUAAAAGAAGGGUCAGUUUUCCAGACGGGAAUUAAGCUUUGUCCUGGAAAAUAUAGAAUUUGGAAUUCAAGGAAAACAUAGACCGCUGUACAAACUGUACCAUCAUGCAUCCUGGGUGAUCUGGUCCCAAGUUCUGUGUGAACAGCAAAACCCACAUUCGCCCACAUUAGCAGCAUCACUGCCACUGCCAGAACAUAUACGUAAUAAUGGGCAAGACCACAUCAUCCACCAUCUGCGCAAGUUAGCUGUAUACACCAUUUUCAAGUCAAUACACAGUGCAGGUGAAAACUAGUCGCCUUAUCCUCAUUUAAGUUAAGGACUCAAAGUGCAAAGAAAAGCAUGAGAUGCUUACCAUAUUUUUCACACUAUCAGGCGCCCUUAUAAUGCUUUGAUUUUUUCCAAAAAUCACCAGUGUAUUGCCUUAUGUAUGAAUUUUACUAGUCAGGUUGUAGGGAGCAGUAAAGCCACUCUGCUGAAGUGCAGCGUUAUAAAGGAGUUUCAGUUUAGCUCUCCAGCACUGGAGACUGGAGCAGCAUUAAGCAUUACCCGCUAAACACGCUAAGCGCUAGCUCUUUCACCAUUCAGAGUUGAGUUUUAUCAGACUGUACCUGCGCAUUUACAGUGUUAAAACAAGCUACGUGGGACGAACCGCUGGCUAAUAUAAGUGAAAAUCUGGAAAUCUAAGCUUACUACAAAUAAACAGAAGUGCUUUGCUCACCCAAAUAAACAGUUUUCAGGAAAGAAGUCUUUUUAUUACAGUUUUGUUUACUUAGCUUAGCCUAGCUUAGCUUAGCUGUACAGGUCUCACCACCCAGCGGCGAGACUUACUGAAUUAGAAGGAAAACAUGGCUUCAUCCCUGUUCCUUACUAGUGUCGCAUAAUGCACUUUAUAAUCGGGUGAGUGUUACGUUAAAAAAAAAAUAAUAAUAAAAUAAAAAAACAGAUAGUAGACAUUCAUUGAUAGUGCGCCUUAUAAUCCGAUGCACCUUAUAGUGUGAAAAAUACGGUACUGGAACCGGCCCCGCUUUCAACUGAAAUUAUGUGAGGAAUCCAAUCACAAGUGGAGACAGGAGAUGUAAAUGUCUGUUUUGCCAAUCAUUCAUAACCAGAUUUAUUUAGGAUGCAUUUUAAUAGCAGCUAACAAGACUUAAGGACUGACUGAAAAACUGAGCUCAUAAGAUUCACCUUUUAGCAUUAAAUGUUUGAACAUUGGAUCAGACCACAAAAAGUAAUAUCAAAAUGAACUCUGAAGAACAAUCAACUGUAGAAUCAAAGACAGAAGGUUAAGAGAAAAAAGGAUUUAUCAAAACGGAAGGACUUAUAAAGCAAAAGGACACAUUUUUAGGAAGACUUCUAGUUGUUAAUUUAGGCUACACAGCUAAUUUGCCAAUGUUAAAUUAAUACAACGAGGCAGUUUCCCCAGACAGGGAUUAAGCCUAGCUGUAGACUAUAUAUUGUUUUAUUAUUCAACAGAAAAUCUCCAUUCAAAAUGCUGUGCAGACCAAGACUUGGCUAAAUUCUUAUUUGUUUAAUUAGUGUUAAUUUAACACUGGUAAAUUUGAUGUAGCAAUCUCUAAGUGAAUACAAAGCUGUAAGUAUCUCACUAAAAGCUUUUUUCUGCUGGUAUAAGUGAGACGAUUGUGGAGUAAGGGAUCAGCCAAUUCACUGUUACUGUUAAUGCUAACCCAGCUCUCCUAUUUACAUAUGCUAAAACUUUAACGUCUGUUAACAUUAGAUGAUUAUUUUAGUAGUAGAUGCUUAAGCUUUCCGAAGUUGAACUGUAUGAUGUCAUUUUUUAAUGUUUACUUGCUUUUAGAGUACUGUUUGCUUGCCAAGUAAAAGACUGCAUUACACCAAACAGGGCUAUUAUAAAAGCAGAUUUUGGAAGCAAGCAAUUAAGUAGGUAAUUAUCUUCUUCUUUUUUUUUUUUUUUUUUUUUUACAUAAUCUAUUUUUGUAUUUUCCUCUUUAUAUGGCUUAUAAUGUGUAAUGGAUCUUGUUUUGUGUAUUGUGCAUAACAGCUCAAUUUUGUCAAAAAAAUGAGAUUUAUCAGGAGGUUCUCAUGA